AUGGACUCGCUGGUUCAGAUCCUGGACGCGCUGGAAUCCCCGGCCCGGGGGGGCUCCCCGGGCUCUGUCCCGGCUCUGGCGCGGGCCCUGGGGGUCUGCAGCACCCCGGGGUGCCGCGCCGUGCUGGGGGAGCCCCCCGAGCCCCCCCCGGCCCCCGCGGCGCUGCCCCCCGAGCAGUGGCGGCUCCUCCGGGAGCUCCUCCGGCCCGAGCCCGCGGCCCCCGAGCGCGGGGCCGUGCUGGCCCCCGACGGCUCCACGGUGGCCCUCGGGCCCCUCCUGGCCGGCAUGGAGGCGGGGCUCAGGCUCGGGGGGGGCUCGGAGGGCCCUUGGGCCCCCCUGCCCACCCUCCGGCCGCCCCUCGACCCGCUCUUGGCGGUCACGGUGGCCGAGGUUUUGGGGACAUCCUUCCUCCUGGCGCGGGGCGACGGCGACGGAGCCGCGCUGGGCCCCGGCGGCUGCUGGGACGACGUGGACGACCCCCAAAACUACACCCUGACGGGCCCCCCCACCCUCGUGCCCGACGCCGUGGCCAACGGGGCGAUGGACGGGAUGGUCCUGGGUGCCCGCCUGGCCCGGGAGCCCGCCCCGCUCGCCGAGCUCCUGCGGGGCUACUACGGGACGGGCAACGGCUCGGAGAGGGGGAGACCCCCCAGCAGCUACAGACGGCGGGAUUUCGGGGCGCUGGCGGGGCCGGGGAAGCUGGAGGAGGAGCUGGUGGCCGUGCUGGAGCUGCUGAGGGUCCUGCCCCCCACGCGGGGGCUGCUGGAGGGCGUGGGGCCCGGCGAGGUGGCGGCCGUGGCCCGGAGAGCGGCGGGGGAGUUCACCCGGCGCUACGUGG